AGCUUUCUUCGAACUCCGUGAAUGCCGCGCACCGCACGCCACGACACGAACUUAACCUCCAAAAUUCUCUCAUUGCUCUCUCAAUUGCUCGAAGAGGAAUCAUCGACGCCGGAACAACGCUGCCGCUGCUGCUAACACGUGCUUCGACAACUGUCCCGAAAACUUGAGAAACAAUGGCGAUAAAGAAGCAGAAGCGUUCUGUGGAGGAGACUGGAACAGCGGGAGCCGAAAAGUCUCAAAACGGGGGCGAGCGAUUGAAGAAACUAGAGAAACAGGUGAAAAAAAUAAAACUAGAAAAGCAGUCGGAGGCGAAGCCUGUGAAAAAAUUAGAGGAGACUGCUCCGGCAGGAGCAGCCAAAUCUCAAAAUGGUGGUGAAAAGAAAAAAAAAAUUAAGAAAGAGGCAAAACAAAUGAAACUGGAGAAGCAGUCGGAGUCCAAGCUUGUGCCAAAGUCGGAGAAGACUGAAGCGUCGUCGAAUGCUGCUAAGAAAGCAGCAAAGUUCAUGAAGAAGAAAGAAAAUCGGCAAGAGGCGCGUAAACAGCAGGGACAGUUCAAAGCAGAGAAUAUAAAUUUGACAGCAGAAGAAAUACAGCAAAGAAUUAAAGUAAUGAGGGCACGCGAGAGCUUGACAAAAACAGCAAAGAGAAAAUUGGGAGUGUUGGUCAAAAAGCUGGCUAUUUUGGAGGGUACUUACCAACCUCACUCCCAAACUCAAAGUAAACUCAAAGCCGCUUCUCAAAACGUCGUGUCUAAAAAGUUAGAAGAAAAGGUCAGGUUAGAAGCUGCUAAAAAAACCAGCAACGGCAGAGCCAAAGAUUUUCCCAAGAAAAACGUAUCCGAAAAACCCAAAAAUUUAGUCGCAGAAACGAAAAUAAACAAAAAAAAAUCACAGAAAGCUGGUGACAAAAGAAAAGUGAUGGUCAAACAAGCAGAGCCAGAGCAAAGUGAUGACGAGGAGGAAGAAGAUGUCGAAGAAGCUGAAGAAGAGGAGGACAGCGACGAAGAAAUGGAUCUAUCCCAAGCUACCAAUGCAUCCGAAGAAGAAGAUGACGACGAAGAAGAAGAGGAGGAGGAAGAGGAAGAGGAAGAAGAUGAUGAUGAGGAAGAAGAAGAGGAAGAGGAAGAAGAAGAAGAAGACGAAGAAGAAGAAUCAAAGCCCCCGGUUCAAAAGAACACGAAAAAAGAAAAAAAGAUUGAGCCCCCAGCGAAGAAACAAGCCCGUCCAGAAGCAGCGAAAGAGACGGGGCAGAAAAAGCGAUUUGUUCUCUUCGUGGGAAAUCUUUCUUACCAAGCUACCGAGGACGAUGUUAGAAAACAUUUUUUGACUAAAGUUGGAGCCGUUGAGAACGUCAGGAUUCCAAUGAAACCGGGGAGUAAAACCCCACGGGGAAUCGCCUACGUCGAGUUGACCAACGAGACCGACUAUCAGAAAGGACUGGGACUCCACAAUACGACGAUAAACGGUCGUAGAAUAAACGUCGAGUACACACAAGGAGGCUCCAAAUCCGUGGGCAAAAGGUCGGAAAUUGUUUCGAAAAACAAGAAAUUACACGCCAUGAGGAAAAGCGGAAUGUUCGCCGGGAAACGUGACAAUCGGAACGAGCGUCGGCAAAAACAAAAACGGACGUAGCAGCUCUCUACGUCGCUCACUACCCUCGGCAAAUAAUUUUGCAUUUACAGACUACAUGAAGGUACACGAGAAUCGAAGAAAGAAAGAAAACGAAAGCUGUGAGUGAAGGACUGUCGGUUGCUGAAUUUUCAUUGAUGUUUUUUUUUCAUCUUCACGAAUAUUAUCGUACUCGAUCCCUUGACUCACCAACGAUUAUUAUUACUGUUAACAAUCUGUUGCAAUCACAUUUGUAGGUAAUAAAUUGAUACGAAAUUGUAUCGCACUCGA